AUGCCCCGCCAGAAAUUUGAAGGACAUACCGAACCUGUCUCCAACGCAAUACACCUGCCCGAUGGACAGCGGAUCAUCACAUGUUCAAUCGACGGUUCGCUGCGAGCAUGGAACUUAGAGAGCGGAGAGCAGAUUGGCGACGAAUGGCAGGACGCCAAAAUUCAUGUGUUCACCAUAGCAUUGUCUCCGGAUGGAAGGAAAUUAGCGAGCGGCAGUGAAGAUGGUGUGGUGAGGUUGUGGGACAUUGACACAACCAAGGUCAUCGUUGAAUGGACUGGGCACAAAAGCCUUGUGACAUCUGUUUGUUGGGGUAAGGAUGGACAUCGAGUGGUGAGCGGAUCCCUCGAUGGUACCGCAAGGCAAUGGAAUGUGGAAAACGGAGAGACUAUCCUCGAACCAAUCAAGACUGGACACGCAGAGGUGCAGGCAGUCGUCUAUUCGCCAGACACAAAAAUGUUUGCGACUGCUGGGUCCGACAAGUCCCCGCCUGGCCACAGAGAUUGCUUGGUCAAGGUCUGGGAUGCCGAUACAGGGACCCUAAUUACUUCUCUCAAAGGACACACAAACAGAGUGUCCUGUCUAGCUUGGGGCGCGGAGCUUGUAUCUGGAUCAGCUGAUCACUGGAUUAGGAUAUGGGAUACUUCCACGUGGAGGCAAAUCAUCGGUCUGGACGAGCACACUGACGGUGUUCGUGCCAUUGCAAUAUAUAAUCGCAUUUUGGCAAGCGGAUCGCAAGACAAGACAGCGCGACUGUGGAGCCUAGACAAUGGCCAACCAAUCAGUUCACCCCUCAAGCAUGCAGAUACAGUGUCUUGCGUGUCAUUUUCGGCAGAUGGACAGCUAGGAACCACUGGCUGCUGUGACCAUAAUGCGUACGUAUGGACAAUCGUUAGAGACACCCGCAGAUUCGGCUUCCUGCCAAAAGAUCCAAAGGACAGUAACUUGAAGUCGUCACUCAAUGCUGAUGCUACUCAACUGCAGCAAGUCAAGGAUGUCAGCGAAGUAACAUCAGAGUGGCUGCACACCCCAAGGGGGCAAGACUGGCUGCACUCCCGGAUGGGGAAAGAUUGGCUGCAGACUCAGGGAGGACACGAUAUGCUGCAGACACAAAGCGGGCAAGACUGGCUUCAAACACAAAGUGGGCAAGACUGGCUGCAGACUCAAGGCGGACAAGAUUGGCUACGAACCCAAGGCAGGCAAGACUCGCUGAAAGUCCCGUGGCAACAAGACUGGCUGCAAGUCGUGAGACGACAAGACCUGUCGCAGACCCAGAACGGGGAACAUCUUCAAAUAAAUAUACAAUCACCGUCACCGUCACUGUGGAGUGAGCAGGAUACACCAUUCAUACCGUCGACACCGUCGACCCUAAGUGAGCAAGAGUUUCUGGAGGACAAUGAAGGGCAAAUACAACCAUAUACCCAUGACGAGGUCGAUUUCCCGCAGAUUGCAGGCAGUGGAGAGGGGGUGAAUUCCCGGGACGCGCCAGCAUGGGCGCAGCCUGGGAGCCGGCGGAAGUGGGAGCAGCCUUCGACUUCGCAAGACUUUCUGGAUACCAAGGCUGGGCAAGAGUGGAUGCAGACCGAGGAAGGGAAAGACUGGCUGAAUGGCCCGAAGGGGAAAGACUGGUUGCAGACCCUAGGCGGGCGGGACUGGCUACAGAGCCAGGGCGCGCGAGGCUGGCUGCAGAGCCAGAGCGGGAGAGACUGGCUGUGGACCCGUGGUGGGAGAGACUGGCUGCAGACACAGGGCGGGAGAGACUGGCUGCAGACCCAGGGCGGGCGAGACUGGCUGAAUACAUCAAGCGGAGGAGACUGGCUACAGACCCAGAGCGGGAGAGAUUGGCUACAAGUUCAGGGCGGACGAGACUGGCUGGAUACCUCCAACGGACAAGACUGGCUACAGACCCAGAGUGGGCAGGACUGGCUACAGAUACAGAGUGGCAGAGUCUGGCUGCAGAUCCAGAGCGGGAAAGACUGGCUGCAGUCCCAGAGUGGGAAAGACUGGCUACAAACUCAGACCGGAAGAGAUUGGCUGCGGACUCGGUGCGGGAGAGACUGGCUAGGGUCACAGGGCGGGAGAGACUGGCUGGAGACACAAGGCGGCAGAGAUAUGCUACAGACCCAUGGUGGCAGAGACUGGCUGGAUGCUUCCAGUGGCCGAGACUGGCUGCAGACCCAGAGCGGGAAAGACUGGCUUGAGGCGCAAGGCGGACAAGAUUGGUUGCAGACCCAGAGUGGACGAGACUGGCUGCAGACGCCCCAUGGUCAAGCAUGGCAGUCAACUUCUAUGUCGUGGCAAGGCCACUCACAGGCUCCACGCUUCUCACCACGCCCAUGGUUAGGUUUUUUCUCUCGUCGCCCUCCUAAUCCUCGUGCUGCCUCUUCAAAGGAUAAACUCAGACACAUAGCUCCGCCACCAAACACACGAGCUGCCUCUCAAGGACAGCCAAAACAAGACCCUUUACAAGUUGGAGAGCCGUCAUUGCCACCACCAAACCUACAGGCAGAAGCUCCCACUCCAGAGUUGCCACCCGGACCAAUGCCCCCUCCUGUCGCCUCUACUCCACUAACCAUAAAAAAUAUGCCCGAUGCUCCUAUUAAAAGACGGGCUGGGUGCUGGACUCGUUUUUGGUCUUGUAGCUGCUGCACUUCCGCUGAAUCUUCUGAUGGUCUUCAUUAG